GUCCCCAGCCCCUCCGGCGCCGGCCCCUCGCUCUUGCGCCUCCCUCAGCGCCCGCCGGCGGGGGCUCGGCUCGGCCUUCCCUCCGGCCCGGCGCCCUCCCGCACGGCUCGGCCCACCUCGCCUCCUCUUGUCAGGGCUCACCUGUGGCCGCACUCGGCUGCCCGCAGCCCCUGCCCGUGUGGGCCGGCAGCCAGGCGCCGUGACUUAGCGCUGAGGUCCAGCUACAGCACAAACUCAAAUGUUUGAAAGUUGAAGGAUGAAUGCUGUGUUGCCCUUUCAUCGCACACUGAGGUUGGCGCCUCUGUUUUCUACAGCUGAAAUGACUUACUAAACUUGGAAGCUUCUGGGAAAGAGAAAACAAAAAUACUCAGUAUGGCCUCAUCGUCAGCACCUAAAUAUAAUUCACACUCCUUGGAGAGCUCCUCAAUUAAAAGAGUAAGUACUCUAAAAGAUGGAGCUAACUGGGAAAAAAGUGAAGAAAUACCUCGUCUGCCAGGAGAGACCAGAGUUACGGACAAGGAUGUUAUUUACAUGUGUCCAUUUAAUGGCCCCGUUAAAGGAAGAGUAUACAUCACAAACUAUAGGCUGUACCUAAGAAGUGUGGAAAACGAUCCAGCUGUGGUAUUGGAUGUUCCAUUGGGUGUAAUUUCAAGGAUUGAAAAAAUGGGAGGAGCUUCAAGCAGAGGAGAGAAUUCUUAUGGAUUAGAUAUAACGUGUAAAGAUAUGAGAAAUUUACGGUUUGCAUUAAAGCAAGAAGGGCACAGUAGAAGAGAUAUAUUUGAAGUCCUCACAAAACAUGCUUUUCCCCAGUCACAUAACCUGCUUUUUUUUGCCUUUGCAAAUGAAGAAAAGUUCUCUGAAAAUGGAUGGAUGGUGUACAAUCCAAUGUCUGAAUACAGGAGACAAGGACUCCCUAAUGAACGGUGGCGAGUAACAUUUAUUAAUGAACAUUAUGGACUGUGUGACACAUAUCCAUCGCUCCUUGUAGUGCCAUAUAAUGCUACUGAUGAUGACCUCAAGAAAGUUGCCGCCUUUAGGUCCCGAAAUAGAAUCCCGGUUCUGUCAUGGAUUCAUCCAGAGAAUCAAGCUGUUAUUAUGCGCUGCAGUCAACCCCUGGUUGGAAUGAGUGGGAAGCGAAAUAAAGACGAUGAAAGAUACCUUGAUAUCAUCAGGGAGGCUAAUGGACAAAUCUCAAAGCUGACCAUCUAUGAUGCUAGACCCAAUGUCAAUGCAGUUGCAAACAAGGCAACUGGUGGGGGAUAUGAAAGUGAAGAUGCAUAUCCCAAUGCAGAGCUUUUCUUCUUGGACAUCCAUAAUAUUCAUGUCAUGAGGGAAUCUUUGAAGAAGUUGAAAGACAUUGUUUAUCCUAAUGUGGAAGAAUCACACUGGUUGUCAAGCCUGGAAUCAACCCACUGGUUAGAACAUAUAAAGCUUGUCUUGACAGGAGCUAUUCAAGUGGCAGACAAGGUAUCCUCAGGAAGGAGCUCUGUGCUGGUUCACUGCAGCGAUGGCUGGGACCGCACAGCGCAGCUGACAUCGCUGGCCAUGUUGAUGCUAGACAGCUACUACAGAACAAUUGAAGGGUUUGAAGUUCUAGUGCAAAAAGAGUGGAUAAGCUUUGGACACAAAUUUGCAUCGAGAAUAGGACACGGUGAUAAAAACCACGCUGAUGCAGACAGAUCGCCCAUCUUUCUGCAGUUUAUUGACUGUGUGUGGCAGAUGUCUAAGCAGUUUCCUACAGCCUUUGAAUUCAACGAACAGUUGCUGAUUACAAUCCUGGAUCACUUGUACAGCUGCCGGUUUGGGACCUUCUUGUACAACAGUGAGUCUGUUAGAGAAAAAGAGAAAGUGACUGAAAAAACAUUAUCAUUAUGGUCUUUGAUAAACAGUGAAAAAUCUAAAUACACCAAUCCUUUUUAUAGUAAAGAGCUAAAUCGUGCUCUCUAUCCAGUAGCCAGUAUGCGUCACCUUGAGCUCUGGGUCAAUUACUACAUCAGAUGGAACCCAAGAAUUCGGCAACAACAGCCAAAUCCAGUGGAGCAGCGUUACAUGGAGCUCCUUGCGUUGCGAGAUGAUUAUAUGAGGAGACUUGAAGAACUGCAGAUCACAAAUAACUCUAAGAUAUCCAACUCAUCAGCCUCGUCAACGUCUCCCUCACAAAUGAUGUCCCAAGUACAAACGCAUUUUUGAAGAAAAUGUUGGCUUCUUUCUAUAGCGUAAUAGCAAGUGGUGCUUAACAUAGAUCUAGAGUAUAAAGAAGAGUAUUUUAAUGCCUUACGUUAGAUUGUCCUAACACAAAGUAUUCUAGACUGUCUUCAUUCGAGGAGGACUUCAAAACAAAACCAACUCUUCCAUUACGUGCCUUUCAGAACCUGCGAACUGGGAACAUGAAUAAUUCAACUUUUAGUGAUGGAGUGCUUUAAGAGUUAUUUUGGAAAGUCUGGUACAGUUGAAAUGAAAUCGAUGUAUUGUUUUCAUAAGAAUGCUUUAAUUUAUUACACUGUAGGUCUGUUCUUCCUGUAAGGGAAUUCAUGCUCAGUCUCGGAUGUUGUGAAUAAAACGCAUUAACAUAAAGAGGAAUAUUCACAUUGAGUAAAAGUAGGCAUGUGUCUAUUCCUGUUAGGAAUAAGGCUGUGGACCUCGUGAGGGAAAAAUAAAUUAUGUGGUAAGAUUUCAGAGAGAAGUGUAAAAAUUUUCUGGUUAUCUGAGAAUUCCAAAUUUUCUUGCUUCAAAAUAAAUGAAAAGAUGGAAGGAAAUACUCUGAUAAACUUCCGGUUAAACAGUGCAGAUAGCCCAGUAGGUAUCAAAAGAAAUAAUUUUUUAAUUGUAUUUUUUUAACAGAUGACCGUUGCACUGGAUUCUGAGGGGUCCUGUUUUGGUUAACUGUUGAGCAUUGCAGUGUAUUAUGAAUUAUCACUGUUGGCUGUAUUGGCUUCUUGGAUUAAUACAGAACAAAACAUUUUUAAAUAGGGCUUAUAUAAUUAAAAACAGAUGCACAGGGACAUUGUUUAAAUAUCCAGCAUCAGCCAUUGUAUUAAAGCUUGAGUAUGUCUUACAAAAAUAAAUGUGCCUGUUUAGAAGAGCUUUUAUACCAAAGUAGGCAAAAAAAAAUAUAUAACAGUUCUGAAUACUGUUGAAAACUUGUAAAUUUAUAAGUUUUCUGUUCAGUGUAUAUUUAACUUCUGUUUAAUGAAUUUAUUCUUAAAUAUUUAAGGGACUUCAGUAUAUGAGAUUUGCAUAUAGUGUGUGCACUUACAUUGAACCUUCCACUGAGUUCUAGUUUGAGGUCUUUAUUUCAGAGGCAUUUUGUAAACCUUUAACUUGUUCUUUUCAGGUAUUUUUUUAAUAGUUGCAAGCAUUUCUUAUGACAGACGGACCUUGCUACUUGAUAUUUAAUUAGGAUUUCACAUUCACACAAGUUCAAUGAUAUUCAGGCAAUCCAGGAAAUUUUGCGAUUCUGAAUCUGUAGAGGGCUCUGAUAUUGUUAUUUUAAAUGAGAUGUUUUGAUGCUUGAGGCUUCUGUCACUGUAAAUUAUUGUACAUGCGGUGAGUUUCGAUCAGCAGGAUAUAAUAGUAUUAUAUAUAAAUUAAGUUUUCUGUAAGUAUACAUAAUAUAGUUUAUUAGAAAUUCUGCGAGUUUAUAAAUGUGUAAAUAUUUUGCAUAUGAAAACUAAGUUUAAAGCUAUAAUUGCAUAAAGUAAGUCAAAAUUUAGAGGACAUCUGAAUAUUUUUAGGAACGGUAUUUUUUCAAAGGAAUAAAAGUGUCCCGCCUCUUGAUUUGAUUCAGUUGA